AUGAUUAAAAACAUAUUAACGUUGAGUUUGUUAUUUGUAUUAAUUGUGUUAUGCGUUGAUGUGAUGGCCGGCGGACACGGCUGGGGUGGGGGCGGAGGCGGUGGCGGAUGGGGUGGCGGUGGAGGCGGAUGGAGCGGCGGAGGCGGCGGCUGUACAACAUGUGGCGGAGGGGGCGAUGAGGGCGGCUAUGAAGUGAUAAAAGUGAUUAAGAAAAAGCGGAUAAUACGGCCCGCAUAUCAAGAGGGAUAUGGAGGAGGCGGAGGUGUCUGUCAUAGCUGUGGUGGCGGCGGAGGAGGUGGUUAUGGAGGCGGCGGUCACUCCAAGAAAAUCAUCAUCAAAAUCGGUGGCGGCGGACUCAUAAAAGACACAUAG